AUGAAGGUGAUAUCACUUUUUCUUGCAGUGUGUCUGACAGUGCUGGGUUCCCUUAUUGGGGAAGUUGUGGGGCAGCCUUCCGGCAAGGCCAUGACACUCAAGGGAGCCAAAACGUUAUGCAAUCUCAGUCAUGCCUUGAGGGUUGUGAGCACUGAGAUUCUGAAGAAGCACCAAAAUGCUACAGAAAUGGUAGAUAAGUUUCGGGAGUGGCGACAUAGGCAUGGUGUAAAGGGGAGGACAUGGAAGGCAAUAGUGCAGGGUUUGGAGAAGAUAGGGGUUGUUAAUGGAAGUGAUAUGGAAAAUAUAAAGAAAACAUAUGUGGAAAUGGAAAAAGUAAUGAACAAUACAGAUAAAGCUAUUCAGUUAAUGGAUACUAGUUUUUUAAACAUUGUAAGAGUUUCCUAUCAUGUUGUGAAUGCAUCACUGUCAAUAGGACAAGUGUUGAGGGAUCUAGUAGUGUUGUUUGAGCAAACAAAGGGUGACAAAAACGAUUGGUGUUGUUUGGUGAAAGAGAAGUCUGCCCCUUCAGAAAAUGGAUGUGGAAGUGAUGAUGCUGGGCACAAAGCAGCAAAGGCUCCAGAUGAGUGUAAUAUGUCCGUUAUAAAAGAUAUGUCAGAUGAUGGUGUACUGGCUGCGCUAGAUAAAUAUAAAACUGACCAGAGAGUUGAACUUACAGACAAUAACGACACAAAAUGCUGGAUCAUGGGUACGGAAGAUGUUGCAAAUGGGGGGGCUGGAUCCUUCAUAGUGGGAACUACUGGAGGAUUUGUUACCUAUCGUAAAGAAGCUGCCGUUACCAUAAUGUCUAGUGACACGGUGCCCAAACUUAUCAUCAAUUACACUUUGGUUAGAAACGGAUAUGAAAGUAUUGCACAACAGUACCGUGAUGUAGAGCCAACUCUUACCUCCUUUGUGGAGUAUGAAAAUAAACUAAAAGAACUGUUAACUCAGAGCCCGAUGGUGCGCAGGUAUUUCAGAGAGAGUGGGAAAAAACGCAAGAGAAGUGUCGAUGACGACGAUAUGAUAGAUGAAGAAGGAUUCACAAUGAGGAAGCAACAUACCCUAAUUGGUUUAAUAUUCUUUGCAGCAAUUCUGGUUAUGUGA